GCUGUGCACACCCGGAAGUGGUGGCGAGGAGCUGCGGAGGCUGGACCCGCACCGGCCCGGACUCGGCUCUCAGCUUUCCAGAUAGAAGACGUUUCAAACGUUUCAAUCAUGCAGAGCACACCGAAUUACCUGUGGCUCAUCUCUGACAUCCUUGGACAAGGAGCCACUGCGAAUGUCUAUCGUGGACGACACAAGAAAACGGGUGACCUGUAUGCUGUCAAAGUAUUUAACAACAUCAGCUUCCUGCGCCCAAUUGAAGUGCAGAUGCGGGAGUUUGAGGUUCUCCGAAAAUUGAAUCAUAAAAAUAUUGUAAAACUCUUUGCAGUAGAAGAGGAGACCACCAGCAGAAAUAAAGUGCUUGUCAUGGAGUUUUGUUCAUGUGGAAGCCUGUACACUGUCCUGGAGGAAGCAGGGAAUGCAUUUGGCCUACCAGAAUCUGAGUUCCUGAUUGUAUUGCGAGAUGUGGUGGCAGGCAUGAACCACCUGCGAGAGAAUGGGAUUGUCCACAGAGACAUCAAGCCUGGAAAUAUCAUGCGUGUAAUCGGGGAGGAUGGGCAGUCAGUUUACAAACUCACUGACUUUGGAGCAGCUAGAGAGUUGGAGGACGAUGAACAGUUUGUCUCGCUUUAUGGAACCGAGGAGUAUUUACAUCCAGAUAUGUAUGAACGAGCUGUGUUGAGAAAGCCUCAGCAGAAAAUGUACGGAGCAACAGUCGAUCUGUGGAGCAUUGGGGUCACGUUUUACCAUGCAGCGACCGGCAGUCUCCCAUUUAGACCGUUCGAGGGACCCCGCAGGAAUAAGGAAGUAAUGUACAAAAUAAUCACAGAGAAACCCCCAGGAACAAUAUCUGGGGUUCAGAAAUCGGAAAAUGGGCCAAUAGCUUGGCAUCACGGCUUACCGCUGUCUUGCAACCUUUCCAGAGGCCUGCAGUCCCUGUUGACACCUAUCUUGGCAAACAUUCUUGAAGCUGAUCAGGAGAAGUGCUGGGGUUUUGAUCAGUUUUUUGCAGAAACCAAUGAUGUUUUGCACAGGAUAGUGAUACACAUCUUCUCUCUGCAGCAAGUCACGUUGCACAAGAUUUACAUCCAGAACUACAACACUGUCCAUGUAUUUUAUGACUUAGUCUAUAAACAGACUGAGAUUGAGCCCCAUCUGCAAGAAUUGAUCUUUGAGGGCCGACACCUCGAGCUUGAACCCAAUAUACAAGCUGUCAAUUUCCCUAAAACCUCUGAAGAUAACCCUCUGAUACUUGUGAGCAGAGAAGUCGUGAAUACAGUGGGAUUGAUCUUCCAGGAGCCCUCAAUUCCAAAGCUACAUCCUCGUUACGAUUUGGAUCUUGAUGCGUCCUGCACAAAGACUAUUACUGGCGUAGUCUGCCAAGCACGGAAAAUAGCCUCCACACUCUUGCAUUAUCAGGAAUUGGUGCGGAAGGGUGUUCGGUGGAUAAUUCGAAUCAUCAUGGACAGCUUUAGAGAAACUUUGCACAAGAAGACUGAAGUGAUCCUGAAACUAAACUUCUGCAUGGCUACUGUUGAGAGAGCCAGAAAUCUAUACAAGAAUUUGCUGCAGACAACCAUACUGCCAUCAGAACUGGACGAAAUUCCGGAAAUUCACGGCAAACUUCUGCGUUUGGCAGGUUCUUUGGAAUCCAUAAACCAUGAUUUGAAGGACAUCGAGGACAAGUUUUUGCCUGGUAGUCAAUUGUCAGAUCAUUGGACAUAUCAAGAAGGGACGUAUCCAGAAGACAGAAAUAUUGAAAAACUUCAAGUUCUUUUGGACUUGAUAACUGAGAUCUAUCAUCAGUUCAAAAAGGAUAAAGCACUGCACAAGCUACCUUAUAACGAGGAGCAGAUUCACAAAUUUGACAAGCAGAAGAUGUGGCUCCAUGCGUCAAAAGCAAUGUCCUUGUUCAAAGAUGAAUGUUUUGCAAAAUAUAAAUCAUUUCUUCAUGUGGCAGAUGACUGGAUGGAGAAGAUGCAUUUUUUGAGAAGGCAAGUGCUGAGUGUUGCUACUCAGUUUGUAAAUAUUGAGCAGGAAGUAUUCACUUACCAGGAACAUAUCAAAAAGCUGCAGGAGCUGCUGCCUCAGAAAGCACUCACGGCAACGUCUGGUGACUGGAAGCCUCCGGGAUCUCUUGGUUACCCAAGUCAGAAUACCUUGAUGGAAAUGACCAUUGGAAUGAAGAAACUGAAGGAAGAAAUGGAGGGAGUCGUCAAGGAGCUCGCUGAGAAUAAUCACAUCCUGGAAAGGUUUGGAGCCUUGACUGUGGAUGGAGGAAUUCAAAAUGCUGAUCACCUCUAAAUUGGAGUGAACAGCCCUGUAUUGUUCAACAGGAACCACUGUACCCUCCAGUUACUAACCCUAGUGCACCCUGCUCUAAAUCUUUUUAUUUUGUAAGACUGAAAGUUAAGACUCAGAUGUUGAUGGAAGGAAAACUGGAAAUCUCAGGGUAGUUUCUUCUCCCCCUCUUUUGCUCGUUUUCUUGGUGUAAUUUUUUUUCAAACCCUGCUGUCCAUGUCAGUUGAACAAUGGCAAAAUCCUAUAACGCUAUCUCUCAUAUUCCCAAAUGUACUUAUUCUGCAGGGUGUGCUAUACUUGUUAGUGCUGUUGAAACAAAUCUGUAUAUAGUAAUGUGUUGUUUACUCUCAUUUGUAACAGCUACUUACAUUUAUUUAGCGCCUGUUGCAGUUAUAUGGCCCCACAUGUUUCAUGGUCGUGGUCAGAGCCAAAUGGGAGUUGGAGAGAGAAUUGAGGAAACGAGCCAGAAAGAGGGUAUUUUUAAGGAGGUUUGACCUCAGAUGGUUGGCAGAUGAUGAGGAGGAGUGCAGCGACAGUAGGCGGGCAUGGUAAGGGUGUCUCACUGCUUCACAGCUGCUCACCUGCACCCUCCAAACCUUUAGAAUUAUUGCUGGGUGUAACUUGUCACAAAGUUGACCUUCAAUUUGCCAAACCACUUAAUGUGCUGUGGCCUUGGUUGAAAAUGUUUUUGUCAUGUAUUUUCCCAAUUUUAAUUCAGAUGAGACCCACAGUAAAGCUGAUGAAAGCAGUUGUUAAUUUCAUUACUGUAUAAGCAUAGAACCCAAACAAUUGGAUGAGAUUAAUGAAACCUAAAGGCUGAUUGUACCUUUGUAAAGAAUGUGAAUACAGCCCCUCUUAUUUGUAUAUAUUGUACAUUGUUGUAUGCAUAACUUAACUUUUACAUCUAUAAUUGAAUAGAACGGACAGUGCAUAUGGAAGUUGAGCAAAUUUGAUUUUACCAUAAGUAAGAGAGCUAUAGAUGUUAGCAGUUCUGUUUUUGUUGUUAAUAGGAUAUGAGCAUCCCCUCUUGCCCCUUUGAAGGUGGUGGUGAGCUAAUUCUUGAACCGCUGUAGUCUGUUUGUUACUCCCACAGUGCCCUUAGGGAGGGAUUCUGGGAUUUUGAACCAACGCCAAUGAAGGAGUGGCAAUAUACUUCCAAAGCCAGGAUUCUCUCUUGGAGGGGAACUUGCAGGCGCUGGAGUUCCCAUGCACCUGCUGCCCUUGUUCUUCGAGGUGAUGGGUUUGGAAGGUGUUGUCGAAGGAUCCUCAGCAAGUUGCUGCAAUACAUCUCUUGGAUACUACACACUGUUACCAGUGUGUGCCAAUGAUGAACGGAAUGAAUGUUUAAAAUGGUAGAUGGGGUGCCAGUCAAGUAGGCCUCUUUGUCCUGGAUGGUGUUGAGCUUCUUGAGUGUUGUUGAAACUGCACUCAUUCAGUCAAGUGGAGAGUAUUCUUUUGCACUCCUAACUUGAGCCUUGUAGAUGGUGGACAGGCUUUGGAGAGUCAGGAGGUGAGUUACUCACUGCAGAAUUCCCAGCCUUGACCUGCUUUUGUAGCCACGGUAUUUUUAUGGCUGGUCCAGUACAGUUUCAUAUCAUUGGUGACCCUCAGGAUGUUUAUGUCAUGUACCUUACAACAAUAUAAACUAAUUCCCCCAUUCGUAAAAUGCUGUCUAGUCUCUUCCGUAUAAUCAAGUUGCACUCCUAAUUGACAAGGGCAGUGGAAUUAAGGCAGUUUCAUAUAUUCUCUGUAAAUGACCUAAAAAAUAUAUUUUCAAACUCUUAUAAUCAAUAAUACAUUUGAUAAUUUUGUUUGAGAGGUAAAAUGCUGUCUGGAUAAAUUGACCAAAGGUAUUCUAAUGCUGACUGAAUUAAAUGCAAUAGCAGAUAUUAAAUAUUUUUGACUUGUGAUACAAGUUAAGAGCUGCAGAAUGAGUCAAGGUUAUACUUUCAAUAAAGUACUGAAACACCUUGGUUUAGUAAUCUGUUAUCUCUAGUUGUAUGCUGUGUGAUUAGAAACUAUCUAUAAUAGAGUAUAAACCUUACAUCUGUGUCUACCAUCUGACUACUAAAUCUUUCUUCCUGUUGUCA